UUCUGUUUGCAUCUUCACUUCCUGACUGCACUAGUGCCAUCGCGCCGUCCACACAGUCCCCCGUCUUCUCCACACACCCCUCCACACACACACCCCUCCACACACACACCCCUCCACACACACACCCCUCCACCCAUCUCCGGCUCACCCGCACAGCCAAGAUGCGUCUCAACUACCUCCUCACGCUCUCGGGCCUCGCGGCGUCUAUCGCUGCCCGCGUCCUUCCGCUCAAUGCGUCCUUGUUCAGCGACCGCGUCCAGACAGCUGGUCUCUUCGAUGGCAAGAGCAUCGCGUCGGAUGCGGACUGGAAUAAGUACCGCGGUAAGGGAAGUCAUUACCAGUGUCUGUUUCAGGCGAAUGAUGAGGUUGCUGGGAUGCUUGUUGAGGAUACGCGUACGCCGCCGUCGGCUCAGAGCAUUUGGAGGGGCACCUCUGAGGAGCGGGCCCAAUGGAACUGGCACGAGAACACAUUCGAUGAGUCCUACAUGGGCCACGAGAUACUGCACCUUGAAGACGCCUUCGAGGCUCUCAACAUCGACGGCCGCCGCAACGUCGGCUGGGCGCUUGGUCACUACGACGAGAAGCGGCACUACCUACCCGGCCAGAUUGGAUAUUCUAAGAUGAUCCCUCCCGUCUCGCAGACCUACACCGUCGAUGGCAAGAUCUACAUGUCCUCGGGUGGCUUCUACAUCUUUGUCGUCAACCAACGCGACGGAGCCAUCGUCGCGCUCAACAUAAACAGCCCCAAACACGCCAGCGUAGAUGAAUGGGAGAAUGUCCCCGGCGGCACCACACCCGCAGACCUUCCAAAGCUGCAGUACUCCUCUGAUUUGAUAUGGGGAAAAUGGGUCCAAAACAACUACGGGAUCAAGAGACUGCGUGUCUACAUGGCCGACAAUGUAAUCAACGCCGAAACUGUGGCUGUAGUAGCACGUGCGCUGCGCGACAAGAAGGUUACCAGCCUUGGGGUCUGGCCCGGCACGCAGUUCGAGAAGGAGCGUGACGAGGAGGCAUUUCAGGCCAUCAUUGGGUCCCCGAUUGGGGGCACGAUCUCGAUCAUGCUUGCGCAGCACAAGGCUGAGCUGGGGAACAAGGAGAUCUUUCAGGUCAAUAUUAUUGGGGAUGAGCCAACUCACCCAGCUCAUGACCCGGAUAUGCAUUUAGUCUUUCAGAUCAGGGAUGUGCCGCUGUCAAAUCCUGGUCAGACGCCUGCUAGAUGAAGAAGCAGACAGGCCUGUCCGGGGUGAGUAGGCCUGAUGUCCGUCAGUGCCUCUGGUGCUAGGAGUACUUCAAUGCGUUCCCGCCGUCACAGACGAAGCGAGAAGCGCCUAGAUCUUCCAAAGAGGUUGUCAUAUUGGACAGAUUAUGUAGGAUCUUACAUACCAAGAUAAAUUACACAAACAGCGUUUCCAACAUGGCGUAUACAGCCCGUAAUUGUAUAGUCUUAUAGCUCAGGCAAGAAGAAGACAUGUAGUAAAGGUACAAGCUACCGUAUUUGCUUGUGAAGACGCAAUCGACCGAGCGCCUCAGGCGACAGCGUCGAGCCUAUCACAUGAGAGCUAGAGAAUUAUU